UCAUACGAUUUACAAAAAUAACGCUACCAAUAUCAUUGAUGCUGCCUUGAAUUCUUCCAUACCCAGCGUACACUUUUUUCUACGUUUGUUCACCAACGUGCCUUUUGUUAGGAUCAUACCGCAUUAAAAUGGUUUACAGCUUUUCUAGCUGCAUUUGGCCUUCAGUGAGAAAUUACUGAGUAUUUCUGACUUUGACGCUGGAGUGAUGGUCUCGUCACAUUACCCCGCAAGCCACAUUUAUUAUUUCUCUGUUCAUUCAGUUUUUCUUCGAAUUCCAAGUAAAAUUUUUCUUGAAACAUUUAUGGACGCCAAUAGGGUAAUAGUUCUAUCGGCUUGCAGUCAAGGCUCUCGUUUUAGUCAAGGCAGUUUCAGCUAAAACUGUAAUAAAGACAUUUGUGUACCAGCCUUUGUCCUGAGCGUGAGAAACAUAUUAAAAUUCACUGAAGUUAAAAAUAAUUAUGUAGUCCUUCCUUAGGUAACUUAAACAAACGCUGCGUUUCAUCCUGUUCGAAUUUCGUCUUUUGCAUAUGAUUAGCAAAUGUCUUCAUAAUUUCCCUGUUUGCAUCUUGCUAUUUUACGCUGAGCGGCAUUGACCCUGAAAUGAAGCGCUGUAGAUUGGCGUGCUUCUUUUGCACCGUCAUUGCGUUUAAUCUAACUCGAUGCUAUUUUUGUCAAUUACUUUAAGUCAAUAAUCAGAGGGUCUAAGGCAGUUAUACUGACAAAGGAUUUGUUUGUCUUUUCAAUUGUUGUCUCUGUUGUCUCAUUAUUCUGAUCCAUCAGUUGUUGUACAUGUUCAUCCAACGCAGCGUGGUUUCACGUUUUUUGACCUUCAACAAGAAAUUUGAGGUCUUCCAUGCAUCUCGCAGAAGCCGACCAUCAGUCUGCGAGAAUGGUUGGUACGAAGAGGAGUGUCCGCAAAAUGAGCGCGGAAUUACCAAAGCCUCCAGCGGACUACUUCUGCGAGCUUCAAAAAGUGCUUUCUCCAACGCUGAGUGAGGAUGAAAAAGAAUUCCUUACGAUAUGUUACUAUCGUUCUGACCAAGAGCCGCGAGCAGUGGAAAUUCUAUCAGAUUAUUUGGAACCGAGGAGUUGACGUCAACGUCAUAUCCGCGUACUCUGCUACUGCCCUCGAUCUCGUCUGUUUGACGAACUCCAAGCCGAACGCCAUUGACCUAGUUCGCUUGCUACUACAGCAUGGCGCCCAUCCGAAUAAAAGAUCUUCCGACUCGAGUACGCCAUUACAUAAGCUUAUAUGGACCAACCAUAGCGCCACUCUCAUUCCGCUGAUGUCUCUUCUCAUCCAGUAUGGGGCGGAUGUUAAUGCCCGCCAAGAGAACGACGAAAAUGCUUUACACAAGUUGCUCCGAGUGAAUCAAACACCCGACUUACUUCGCGCCGUGCAUCUCUUAGUUGAGAGCGGGAUCCGAAUGAACGAGAACGGUGGACGGGCAAAGGGAUUCGGAUCGGCCCUUCACAUUUUAUGCGAGGCCAAUCAAACGUCGCAUCUGCUUAACGUGGCCCGCUGCUUGGUUGAGAGCGGAACUUGUGUGAACUUGAGAGACGACAAAAACAAUACUGUCCUUCAUAUCCUAUGUCGCUACAACCAGACGGACCAUCUACUUCCCGUGAUGCGAUUUUUCAUGGAAGCUGGCAUGACGGAAACAGAUGUAACGGCCAAGAACGAUCAAGGCCAGACUGCGCUUCAUGUUCUUUGUCAGUACAACCAGACGAAAGAGUUACCAAGCGCCGUCGAAUUCCUUACUCAAAAUAGCAUUCAUGGAUCGAACACUUCUAGUAACUCGCUGUCGGCACUGUCAUUCGUAUGCAAAUACAAUCAGACGGAUCAGCUACCUACUGUGAUGAAACUGCUAAUGCCUUUGGAGGACGUUAAUCAGACAGAUUAUUAUGGCAGCCGCGCUACCCAUUUAUGCGCACAAUAUCAGAAAGCUUGCAUCACCACGUCGCUGAACAUUUUGGCUGAUAAUGGUGCGGAUCUCGCAGCCACUAACUCGGAUGGAGAAACCAUUUUGCAUCUGGCGUGUCAGUACGCUGAUAAGCUCAAUUUAUUUUCAUUUGUGUCAUCGUUGAGUGAAGAAAUCGUACGGAAGCUGGUCGAUUUGCCAGAUGCACUUGGCAGGACACCACUUCAUCAAGCAGCCAAGAGUGGUUGCAUGAAAACAGUUCAAUUCUUGGCUGAUUUUGUCGGUGCCCGAGUUUUGGACGCUAACGGUAAAUGCUUCGCCAAUUAUCUGGAUACGUUUCUAAGGCAGAAAGGCACCUCGCUGUGUACCUGCUGCUCGUGGGACAGCUCUUUCGGUCUGAAGGAUAUUGACACCCUACACCGACAUCUCCUCUCCAAACCGAUAGUUCAAGCGACUUGUGUUCCCUGCUCUAUCGCUAGGAUAGAAGGCUCCAUUCCAACUCACAUUGACGACGUCUACAUUUUCAACGCGACAGACAACUACGUCAGGGCACCGCAAUCUAACCAUUGGGCGAAUUUGUUGCAGGUUUGGAACAAUUUGGACAAGAAAUUAGAUUUCACUGCUGUGACUGCUGUCGCAGAAAUCGGUAUGAGAUGCGGCCGAUCGUGUGUCUAUCGAAAUUGCGUAUGGUGCCACCUGCAAUUAUCCGUCAGCAGUUACAUCCGUUGCCUAAUCGACGAGGUAGAGAAACUGGACCCUCGUUUUGCUACUCGACGUCUCAUAUUCUAUGGAAGCAGCGCCGAACGAACGAAACUCUUUCAGCUGGACGAGUUUGAUUUCCUGGUGGUGCUGUCGCAUUUUGCCGAAGACAAAGACGAUUGCGGCUGCGUAUCGUAUUGUGGCAACAGCCAGUCUGCCUUCCUGAACUACGGGAACGGGCGACAUGGAAUCUCCUCCGGAAGAGCUGUUUAUUAUUUCUACCAACUCCUCCGCGCAGCAACGAAACGCGUUGAUUGCUUCAACAUCCACGUUCGUGACAUCUCGUUUGGAGAGACUUGCACGACGCUCCAUCUCACAUUUUGUGGUUACGGCCAGGUUAUAUCCAUCAGUAUCGAUAUCACCAUUGGUAUAUCUCGUUCCAACUUGCUGCGGCCUGGGAGCGUUAGAAGAUCGCCAGCAUCUUUGCCUGACAUGUCAUCACCUGAUAAUUCGGAGGAGGAAACCGAAUACCUAGUACCGUUUCGCGACAAAUGCGGCCCACCGGAAUGGCGACUGUCUUACCCUACCCUAGAGAGAGACACUUUGCUACAAACUGGCGAAGAAGUUCGCAUGUGUUACCGUGUUCUAAAACUGCUUGUAAUGCUGUGUCAACGAAGCAAAUCAGCGAUGGCUGACGAUGCGCAUCAACACAUGAUUAAGCAGAAGACGAAGCCUUCAACUUACAGCCUCAAGACCUGCCUUUUCCGUUACAUGGAGUUCAACAAUCCGCCAUGGAGUCAAGAAGAUGCGAUCUCGCAUUGCAUCGGUAUUCUUGAAGUGCUCCUCACGCAUCCGGGAGUUCACCUGAAAUCUUUUUUCAAUCCGCAGUUAACUGUUGCUUAUAUCGAUCACGAGGCAUUGGCUGUUUGCUCCCAAAUCUGUGACCGACUUCGUUCAUGCGUGAUUUAAUACAAACCCUUUUCCCCCUAA